GUGACAUUGGUCAUUGAAUUUGUUUGACAUUUCCAAAUUGAAGUAGAUGUCCGUUAAGCGCCACGACUUAUGUUGCUGAGUGGGAUUUAGUUCCAUGGAUGCUUUAAGAGCUACACUGGAUAGUACUGAUGGUCAAGUGGCUACUGUUAGUCGUACCAGUUCCCCACCUCCUUUGGAUCUUAUCAGUCCUCCACCGAUUGUUGCUGAAUACUGGUGUCAUACACAAGUAAAAACAAUAUAGUUUUGCUUGUAAAUACAAAUAAUAUACUUUCUUUUUUUCUAUAAAGGUCCGUGUCACUAAGAUGAAAUAUGUUUGGACGAUAAGCAAUUUUAGUUUUUGUCGGGAAGAAAUGGGUGAAGUAGUAAAAAGUUCAUUUUUCUCUUGUGGUCCAAAUGAUAAAUUAAAGUGGUUAGUUUAUUUAUAUUAGAAAAGAGCAAAAUCAUUACUCAUUACCUGCCAUGUUUAUCAAGGUGUUUAAGAAUCAAUCCAAAAGGCUUAGAUGAAGAAAGUAGAGAAUACCUAUCACUCUACCUUUUAUUGGUCAAUUGUGGUACAAAAAGUGAAGCUAGAGCCAAGUUUAAAUUUUCAAUAUUAAAUAAUAAACGUGAAGAGACAAAAGCAAUGGAAAGUCAACGUGCUUAUAGAUUUGUUCAAGGCAAAGAUUGGGGCUUUAAAAAGUUUAUACGUCGAGAUGUCUUAAUGGAUGAAGCCAAUGGUUUACUACCCAAUGAUCGAUUAACAAUUUUAUGUGAGGUUUCCGUUGUGGGUGAAACUCUCUCUGAAAGUGGUCAAGUUAACAAUCAACCAAUUACUGUCCCAGAGUGUAAUUUACACGAAGAUAUUGGCAGUCUGUUAUUUAAACAACUCUUAACUGAUGUCACAUUAGUUGUUAUAUCUAACAAUAAUCAUAACAGCAGUCAAUCGAAUGGAAAAUCACCAAGUAUUUGUGGUGGUGUUGGCGGCGGCGGUGGUGGUCCAUUACCUAGCUUAAAUUCUGUUAGUGAACAACAACAAGUGAGCACUAAAUUCUCUACAGCUGCUUAUGAAUCCACCGGUGAAGACGACGACGACGAUGAUGAUGGUGAUGAAGAGGAUCAAGAGGAGGAACUGGAUGAAGGUGAAGAGUUCGACGAUGAGGAUGAUGAUGAUGGUGAGGAGGAGGAGCAGGAUGAAGAUGGCCAAGAUGAUGAUGGAGAAGAUAAUGAGGAUGAGACUGGAGCUGCUGGUCGUGGUCGUGGUGGUGGUGAACUUCCAGGGAAUGACAGUGAACGUGAAGAAGAGACACAAUCGAGUUAUAGAGAAUCACAAUUAAUAUAUUUUGUUGAUGGCAGUAGUCAUCUAACAUCGAAUACUGGUGGCGGUAGUAAUAAUACUGAACAGGGUGAAGCAGAGGCUGCUGCUUCUGCUGCUACCACAGCAACAGGAACUCAUCGAAUUUCAAACACUGGAGAUAAUCAUGCUUCUAGUACAUCGUCUCAUCCCAGUCAUCAUCAUCAUCCUGGACAUGUAAUGUCUUCUUCGUCUUCGUCUUCAACUACUACACUGACACUGGCUGCUUCUACGACAGCGAAUGUCCCUACAAAAGGUGUAAUCAUUCCUAUGGCUUCAGCUAAUCCUAGUUCACUAUUAGUUUCGUGUACUGGUGGCAGUGUUGGAGAUUCAGUCUCUGUAAAACAACAAUAUCCUGGAGAUCAUUCAAUUAAUAAUGCUACAAAUAGUGACUGGCGGCUGACUUCGUCGUCUUCCAAUUAUGUUUCUACUCAGGGGAACAUAAAUCGUGAUGAUCGAGAGGUGAAACCAAAUGCCAGUUGUAUUCAUAGGCCUCGCACAUCCAAUUCAGUACCUUCAACAUCCUCUGCUUUACCAACAACUACUGAUUCAUCAUCAUCGGCUUCGUGUAGUGGUAAAGUGAAACAAACUGUUGCACACAACGCAGAUGUAGGAAGUAGCAGUACAACUACAAGCAGUACAACAAUAAGCCAAAGUAGUUCUCCUCUUGUGAAUAAUGUCUCCACUCCUCUGAUCACGUCCAAAGAGAAACCUGAAGCCAUUGAAGAGUCUGUCGAAGCUGAAACUUCUGGUACUUCAAGUCGUGUCCGACGGAGUACUCGAAGAAGGGGUAACAAUAAUAAUAAUAGCAAUAAUAGUACAUCGACUACUACAACUUCAAAUCGUUCACGUAAUCGCAACACUCGAGACUCAUCACUUUUAGCCACUGUUUCAAAAGCAGCUUCAACAACAACUUCAUCUCAUUCCAAUCCUGCAGCUACUCCAUCAAGUUCCACUGUAGGCCCAUUAAGUGUAACAGAUCAGACUGUAAAGUGUUCCAGCACAGGAUCUACGACUAGUGGUGGUGGUACUAGUAGUAGUAGUUCAACAGUUAGUGGUGUUUCAAAUUCUAGUGUUGUCCUUCGACAAUUUGAAGCACACAAAGCAAUUCUAGCUGCUAGAAGCCCGGUGUUUGCUGCAAUGUUUGAACAUGGCAUGGAAGAGUCUAGAGCUAAUCGAGUUGAAAUUACAGAUAUGGAACCAGAUACUGUGGCUGAAGUUCUACGUUAUAUAUAUACUGGACAAGUUGUCGGUAUGGAUCGGCUGGCGCAUGAAUUAUUAGCAGCUGCUGACAAGUAUCAGUUGGAACGGCUGAAGACAAUGUGUGAAGAAGCACUUGUAGAAAGUCUUUCAGUUGAGAAUGCUUGUGAUAUAUUUGGACUUUCUGAUAUGCACAAUGCUGAACAGUUGAAAGCUCAUACACUUGAGUUUAUAAUGCUACAUGCUCAUGAUGUCUGUGAAACUGAAGGCUAUGAACAAUUGGUACGACAUCGUCCACGUCUGUUGAAUGAGUGCUUUCGUAGUCUUGCCUCACAACAACUCCCUUUAAGAUGUUGGGCACGUAAACGUCCUAGGCAAUCUUAAAUUUUGUGUGUACAAUAACACCAGCAGAUAAAAAGCAUCAUGCUUCAUUGUUCUCCUGUCUCUCUCUCUUUCUUUCUCUCCUCGUCAGCGUUGUCCACCAUCAUCACACAUCUCCAUUUGUAUUAAAAUUAAAAAUUCCUUCACUUCAGAAAUCAGAAAAAAUCACUGCGUUCUUGUGCGCGUCCAUGCGCGACCAUGCACAUAUGGUCUGCGGUUCAAUCCCCUGCCGACGCACACCUCUGAUAUCUAUGGUCGGCAUGCAAAAAUUUGGGCUACCGUGCUAUAUCCAUACUGAAAAUUCCAUACUUGAAUCAAAAUAUACAGUGUGGAAUCAAGCUGUCAAUCAAAAAUAAUAAAAAAUAAAUAAUAAAAUUAUAAUCUGCCUCCCACCACCCCUGUCAUGCCUCAGCCAACUACUUUCCUGGUUUCCUAUAUCUCUCCAUCUUUCUCUCUCUCUCUCUCUGUCUCUCACGACCGUUAUCACCUUUGUUCAGUCUCUGGAGUCUGCGUGUGUGUGUGUGUGUGUGGUGUACCGGUUAGGUUGGUAGUUGUUAUGUGGUGGUAGGUACCGAUAUGUCAGCGAUAAUUCAUUUUUUAUACACUUAUUCCUCCUUUUUUCCCCACAUAUUUCCUCUUAAUUCCCAUUGAUCGCUCACAGAUGACUGACUGACUGACUGAGUGUGAGUGAGUGAGUGAAUAAAAAGCAUUUUCUUUUUAUUAUUCUGCCUUUAGCAACCCUUGUUUCUCGCCUCCAGUUGUACGUAUAACUUGUCUGUUUGUUUAAAACUAUUCUGCCUUGUUGAGUCCCUAUUCUGUGUCCCUCGCACUCACACACUCACUUGCUCACUCACUGUGAUGAUUAUGUAAUUGUUUAUUGUGUCCAAAUCCCUUGUCUUCAUAUUCUGUGUGUGUGUGUGUGUGUAAGUGUCUGUGUGACCGGGGAUGCACAUAGGGUUGAUAUUUACCUUCCCCAAUAAUAAUUCCAUUCUCUCAUAAUCAUCCCCUUACUGGUUUCCUUUUGUGAAAUAAUAUGUGAUCACAUGUUUGUAUAUCUCUCCCUCUCCCUCACUUUCUUUUUUGCUCACACACACACACACAUAUUGACCUCAUGUGCUCAUCUUUUGUCUGUCUUUUUCAAGUUUUAUGUUCGUUUAGAGGUUCCUCUGUACGUUUCCUGUCUUUUUUUAUAAUAUUCCUUUCUGUUUCUCCCUUUGUUUGGUCUUUCUUAUCCCUAAUAUACACAUAUUGAUGUUUAUUCACACACAAUUUCUACAUCUUGGUUAUGAUUACUACUAAAUAUAUAAUAUGACUAACACAAAUACGUUUUAUGCGUGGGUGUGUGUGCAUGUGUGCGUAGUAGUAUGGUUUCUAGAUGGUUGAUGGUAAUUGUAAGGAGACCCG